GCUUGCUGUCUGGGCCUGCCAGCUGGGUAAAGACUAGCUGCCAGGAAGUAAGCAGGCCAGAAACCAUGGGGAUAGGGACUACCCUUCGGGAGUAACUAUUCCAGGAGCUAGGUGCAAAGCAGUAAGCUAUACAAGGGGGCAGACAUCUGGGAAACCUAGGAGCAAAGAACUAGAGCAGCUAAAGACAAGGUGAUCAUCAAGCCCAAAAGGAAACCCAUCGUAGGCAGGAUGGUGGAUGCAAACCUGGCCAAGGGUGAAUGUACAGGAACCAUUAAGUUCACGCCUCCACUGUACAAGCAACGGUACCAGUUCAUUAAAGAUUUAGUGAACAAAUACAAACCCAAGAAGGUAGCAGAUCUGGGGUGUGCUGAUUGUUCGCUACUCUGGAUGCUGAAAUUCUGCAAGUGUAUUGAAGUGCUAGCUGGUCUAGAUAUCUGUGAGAACGUGAUGAAGGAGAAAAUGCAUAGAUUAUCUCCACUUCCUGGUGAUUAUCUGCAACCAAGUGAAAGGACACUAACUGUUACCUUGUAUCAUGGCUCAGUUGCUCAGAAGGACCCCUGCAUGCUUGGUUUUGACUUGAUAACAUGCAUUGAAUUAAUAGAGCACCUGGAAGCAACAGAACUGGAAAAGUUUCCAGAAGUGGUAUUUGGUUUUAUGGCUCCAGCCAUGGUUGUUAUCAGCACUCCAAACUCAGAAUUUAACCCUUUACUGCCAGGGGUAACACUAUUCAGGCAUCCAGACCACAAAUUUGAAUGGGACCAAGCACAAUUUCAAAGUUGGGCACUAGAUGCAGCCGGUUGCUAUGAUUAUACAGUGGAAUUUACUGGCUUGGGAGCCCCACCACCUGGAGCUGAGGAUGUUGGAUUUUGUACCCAAAUUUCUGUAUUUAGGAGAAAAUAUCCAAAUACUGGUGAACCUAUUAAUUUGGAGAAACCCACAGAAAACUCUUACAGAACUAUUUUCAAAGCAGUGUAUCCAAGUCUUAAAGAUGAGAAGUACCUGCAGAAUGCAGUAGUCAGUGAAGUUAUUAAUACAGCACAAAUUAUUACCAGACGACUCUUGGACAGUUUCAACUCUGUAUAUAAGGAGCAUAGCAAUGGUCUUGUCGAGAUGAAACCCGACUUCCAACUACCUCGCUAUUUCAUGAGGCAUUCAAAGAAUCCCUCUCUAGCUGAAGGUGAAAAACUUGCUGAUGACAGAAACAUGGAGACAUAUGUCAGUGGAAAUGCAGUCUACAUACCUCUUAUAAAAAUCUUUUCUAUUCCCAAAGUGAAUAAACUUUGUGGCACCUUUGAGAACUUAAGCAAGCUGAUUACUGGCAAAGUAGCACUAAGCAAUGAUGGUUCUGCUGUGGUGAUCAGUACUGAACAUGAAGAGAAAGAAAAUGAGUAAAUGGUUUAUGUUUCCACUAAGGUAAUGAAGGGCCCCUCUUCAGUAGACACAUGCCAAUAUCUUCUGUAUGGUAGCUAGAAGCAUAGGGUGAACUUAAUUUUUUUAUUUCAAGAGGGGCAGGAGUCUAUAUUCUCUCGUAGCCCCCAUUGGUUUCUAGGGUUUUAGCUGAAAGUCAGCUCUAAGGAUUUGAGGAUAGAUUUUAAAAGUUAACCAACUACCAUUGAAAUUUAGUAGUUUUAUUUAACAAUUUCUUCUGUUCCCCUUAUUAAUCUCUCAGAUAUCAUAAUUAUUUUCUUCAGAUAUGCUGAAUAUUCACAACUUUUACCAGCUGAAUAGAAGUUUUGAUACCAGUCAUGUGAAUAAUGACAGUGGUAGAGUGCUGCUGCUUCAUAGAAUGAUUUCAGUGCUGAACCUGGAAAUCAAAAUGUUGUUGUACAUGAAGCAUAAACUGAAGCAAUAAGAUGUUAGUUUCUGUGAUAAUACUUACAGUGCUUUUUGUUUGUAAGGAUGUUCUUUGGGGGAUUUUUUGGUUUUGUUGAAAGGGUGAAAAGGAGAGGGAUAUGGAAAUCCAGAAAAUCAGGGGUGGAUCUGGUGGGUGCACAGAGAGUUCUCUGGCAGACGUGGCAGCACAUGCAGUUCCCUGUGCCCUAUGAGACACCUAGGUCCCCUGCAUAGUCCAGACAGCAGAGACUGAGCUCAGACUAUGGGGAUGAUGGGGCUGAGGCUCGAGCUCCUCAGGUUGGCAGGGAUCAUCUGGAGUGGCUGGACAGGGAGCAGGUGUAGGAAGGGAGGAUUAGCUUGCCACUACCACAGUUCCUGACCAAGCUCAGUAGCCCACACAACCACUCCCUGCAGCCCCUGGCUAGAGUCGGGCAGGAGUGGCCCUACCUCCCCUGGGCUCUCACCACCUCUGGUCAGCUAGGAACAGUGAAGGCAGCAGGUGGGUUCCCCCUUCCUAUACCUGCUCUCUGCUCAGCCCCACCAAGGUAUCCCCUGCUGGCUUGGGUGCUCCAGCUGUGCCAUCACUCUUGUGGUCUGAUCUCAGUUCCUCCUGCCCAGACCCACAGGGACCCAGGCACUGGGGGCCAUGGGGAACUAGAACUGCAGCCUGAGGUUCAUGGGUGGGGCAGCUCAAGCUGGUGGCAGCUAUGGUGUAAAGCAAAGUGGUGGGGGUGGGGUGCUGGGAGUCAGGGGAUCUGUAGCAAUCCUUGACACACCCUUUUCAAAAUCUUAGAUCUGUCUAUGGAAAGCAUAUAUUACAGAUUGUUGUUCAGUGUACCUGGAAGAGAAAGCAGCAGAUAGAAAGCCUUAGUUAGUGGUAUCCCAAAAAAAGGAGACAAAAGUUUGCACUAAAAACAUAAAUGAAAAACAGUCCUCUGGCAGAGGAAGAGGAAGGCUAGCCAUUGUACCUUUUAUUUGUAUUAUACACAUGUAAGUAUUAUACAUAUGUAUAGUUUUAUUUCUUGCACCUUUUUUUCCCCUUUUGGUCCUCUUAUGUUAAAAGCACUGAUCAUAACUGGAUGGAAAUGUACUUAAUUGACGCAUUCUUGUGUACAUUCACUGGAAUCACUGGCAGCUUUGGGUGUGCAAGCAUUGCACAGUCAGUCUUAAAGUUUGUAAGAUGCACAGGACAUAAAAAGCAGAGCUUUCAUAUAGUACCAACUGUUGUUUGUUAAAAAGGUUCUUGGCCAUUCCUGAACUCAGAAGUUGUUUAGGAUGAAACCAGGCAGAAGAGAUGGCUGUAAUUUACAGAGCCAAGGAAUGGUUUAUAAUCUGCGACAGGCUCAGUUUCUGCAAAAAAGGAGGGCACUUUACAGCAAGCUGCAUGGUUUGACUGUUAUAUUUUUCAUAAUUGUACUGUCUGCAGCUCUUUGUUAAACAGCUAUGUUUACUUCAAGUUAACCUUUAAUAAAAAAUAUUUAGAACUAAUUUCUUGUUUGUUUCCUUAAACUGUAAAGCUAAUCUGGUAAGUGUUUAAAUGUGAAAUUCAAAGCUUGUAAAUAAACUCAUAAACAAAAUGAGGGUGGCUGUCUAAUGAGAAUGGAGUCAAGUACCAAGAACUUGUCCUUUUUUUUGAAAAUAUCACUGCAAUUCAUAGCUGUGAGACAUACAUUACUUAGCAGAUAAUUUUAGAUCUUUAGAUUUUUUCUCAGUGUAUUUUCCUUUUGGCAUUUUAUUUAGUGUACUUUGUAGUUUGAUCAUUUAAAAUAAGGACAAGGUGGGGUAUAUUUGGAACAGUAGUAGGCAACUGUCAAUCUCUGGAUCAUGGUGUACGUGUAAGAGGUCUAGUCAGAUGCAUGAUGAAUCCAUUUGUGGCUGACAAGCCCAAUUUGAAAGUGGCACAGGUUGUUACAAGUUUCAUAGGUCCAUGUAUUGUCUGAGUUGGAGUCCAAGUUUGCAGCAUGCUGCUUUCUUCUUUUUUGCUUUGCUUCCAUCCUCUGGGUCAAAGCUGCUUCAUGUUGAACUGCACCCAGCGCUUAAUCUUCCCACCAGAUCAGAUGGGAUUCUCUGUGCUCCUCCUCACUUUCUACAUUGACGUUAAACGACUUCUUAUCAUUUUACAUACAUUGCGGUACCGCCAUAGACCCUGCUUUUUAGAGCCAUUGUGAUUUUCACUGUACAAAAUAUUCUUGGGGAUAUGGUCUCCUCCCAUUCUCCUGACAUAGACAUCGCUAUCAAGAAGAGGAAGUUGCAAUGGAUUGGCCAAGUGUGUUAGUCUUGCAUGCUCCAGUACCUCUGGGUGCCUGUACAUGAGCGCAGAGGCUGCUCCAACAUGCUGCAAAUUAAAGCAUCGCCCCUCCACCCUCGCAGCACAUGCAAAAGUUUGGUAUUCUGUCUUCCCACUUUAUUUUCAGGAUCUUACUCAGACAUUUCAUGUGGAAGCUGUUCACUCUCUUGAUGUACCUAGCAAUACUUGCAUUUGUCAUAUUGAA